CCUUGUAUACUUUUAAAUUCGUCGGAUUUUUCAUAGAUUGACAGGCGUCAGUUAACUAUUAUAAUAAUUGUCUCGUCUCACAUAUAGUGCUUGGAAAAAAAACCUAUGUUAAUCAAACUACUAGCUCUUGAUAAAUGGGCCCGUUUUUUUAAGAUUAUAGUAAAAAAUGGAGGAAUCUUAAAAUCCACCUCAAAGCUUUGGAAACAUGAUACCCUUAAAGAUGGGACUUAUGUGGGAACGGAUUCCUUAGGCAAUAAAUAUUACGAAAAUAAUUACUACAUGAUAGCUCGAAGUCGUUGGGUCGAGUACAACCCUAACUUUAACUUCGAAUAUGAUGCUAGCCAGGUGUCAGCGGAAUGGUAUGGUUGGUUACACUACAAGACUGAUAGACUACCCUCUCAGGAUUGUGCGAAGCACUGCUUAAUGACAUGCGGCUAUGUACAAAGUUGGCUACAACAGCACGAAGAGAAUCUAACCGGAACUGAUAAAGCCUUCUAUCCUUAUAGCACUGUUAGAUCUCACAUAAAAGUAUGGAAUGGUGCAUGUCUGUGUGAAUCUGUGCCUGAUUGUCCGGAUACUACGAAUAAAAAAUAGUUUUUUUUUUCCAUACCGAUAUUCAUAUGUAUAAUAAAAAAAUAUUGAUGCAAUGUAAAAUUUUGAGCUGUAAUAUUGUAUGAAAAAAAUUCAAGUCAAUAAAAUGUAUUCGGUGA